CUUGAAGACAGAUAGUGUGUUUGAGUUCUACAAGAAAUUAUUAAAAUGGACUCAGAAUUAGAAGGUAAAGUUGUAUUUUUAACUGGAGCUAGUGCUGGAAUUGGUGCAGCGAUUGCAGAACUAUUGGUAAAGAACGGGUUGAAGGUAGUGGGAGUGGCAAGAAGAAUAAAUCGUCUAAACCAAUUAAAAGAAAAGUUGUCAAAAGCAUCAGGCCAAUUCUAUCCAAUACAAUGUGAUUUAAGUAAAGAAUCAGAAAUUAUAUCAGCAAUAGAAUGGACAAAGAAAAAUUUAAACGGAAUUGAUAUAUUGAUAAAUAAUGCUGGUCUGUCACGAGAUACAAAUUUAUUGAAUGGUAACACUGAAGAUUGGCGUAUGAUAUUGGAAGUUAAUGUAUUAGGAUUGUGUAUCGCAACCAGAGAAGCGAUACGUUCAAUGAAUGAUCGAAAAGUAUCUGGCCAUAUAAUACAUGUUAAUAGCAUGGGUGGUCAUUUUUGUCCAAUUACGGUUGGGCAUUUAUUAAGUAUGUACGUUGCAUCUAAACAUGCAGUGACGGCUUUAGCUGAAACGCUACGAUUAGAAUUGGCAAGAACACAACAGAAAAUAAAAGUAACUAGUAUCAGUCCCGGACUUGUGAAAACUGAAUUUUUAGAGAAAUGUGGUGUUUUGGGAUCAGAUUUAGGCAUACCGAUGAAUGAUUUUCUGGCUCUAGAACCUGAAGAUGUCGCUAAGGCAAUAUUGUAUGUUAUAAAAACUCCUCCAAAUAUUGAGAUAACAGAGCUAAUGAUUCGUUCAACAGGAGAGGUUUUUUAAGUUUUAUUCCUGGUUUAUCCUAAUUAUUUCGUUACAAUUACAACAACUAAGUGUAAGUUUUCGUGAAAUUUAUAAAAUAUUUUUUUUUUCAUAAAAUACAUAUGCAAAGUUUGUUUUUCUAACUCAAAUUUUUUCAAUCAUUAAAAAUUACUUUUUACAGUUCAUCGGAAAGUUCAACUGUCACCCGAAACCUGUUGAGUUCGAUAUGAAUGCAAUGAAAAGAGGUGGAUGCCUUUAUCUCAUUUACAAAAGUCAUUCCAAACUGGCGAAUUUUAGUUGAUGGAUUUGGUAUGGUAAUAUUAUGUCAUAUUAAAUAAAUUGACAUUAUCAGAGCCGUCAAUAUAAACGAAUUCUACUUCAUUAGAUCCGACUGAGUAUGAAUAAAAAUGCAUUUAAAUAUAAUGAGUUGUUAAUAUUUAUAGCCACACAAAGUACACAAUUUUAUU